AUGGCAUCCCGCAUCCCAAUCACAAUUCUCACAGGCUUUACCGGCUGCGGGAAAACCACUCUCAUUCUCAACCUCAUCCCCCAACUCCGUCAACACAACCCAGGCUACAAACUCGCCCUUAUCAAGAACGAAAUCGGCGAUGUGGCCAUCGACUCCCAACUCGCUCAAUCCGCAGAAAUGGCCGCCACACAAGAACUGCUCGGAGACUGCAUCUGCUGCGUCAAUGUCGGUCAAAUUGGCACGGCCUUGGAAGAAUUAGAUUCUCAAUCCCAUCCAGAUCGAAUCAUCAUCGAAACUUCGGGCUCGGCCGAACCCUUGAAAUUGGUGUUGGAGAUCAAACGGUUGAGCGAGGCGACGGGGAGGUAUGAAUUAGAUGGCAUUGUUUCAGUAAUUGAUGCGGAGAAUUGGGCCGGGUAUGCUAGUAAAUCUUUUACGGCGAAAUUACAGGCCAAGCAGACAGAUUUGAUAGUCAUUAACAAGUGGGAGGCGCUGGGAGAGAGGGCGUAUGAUUUGUUUUUGGAUAAAUUGGGGGAUUUGGAUGUCGAUACGCCGCAGGUGAAGAGUGAUAAGGGAUGGGUGGAGAAGGAUUUGUUGUUUGGUUUUGAUCAGAAGUUGGCGAGGAAUUGGUUGGAUGUGCAUGAUGGUGGUCACAGUCAUGCUCAUGGUCACGAUCAUGGGGAUGGGGAGAAGCAUACUAGUGAGGUGGAGUGCUUGAGUGUGACCUUGAACGCGAGUAGUGGCGAUGCUGUUGUGGAUCUGCCGAAAUUGGAGACACUGCUGAAAGCUGCGCCAAAGGAUGAAGUUUACCGCAUCAAGGGAGUUGUGUACAGUGCUUCAUCGCCGAAGAACGCUGAUGGGAAGGAUGUGAAUGGAGGCGCAUCUGGUAGAGCGCGAUAUAUUCUCAAUUGGUCCUUUGGACGAUGGACCUGGUAUCACAUCGAAGACGAUGGGUCUGAUGCGCCGGUGGCUCGAAUCAGCAUCUUCACGGCACCGUAUGAGAGUACCAAGUGGAGCAAAAAUGCAAAUGAAUUCGUGAAGCUGCAAGAUGGUGCUGGUGAUUUGGAAGUCAAGAGGGUGCAAUGAAAGGAGGUAAUCAAAGAAACCUGAGUAGAAGCUUCAUAUCUACUUCCCCUCCAAGAUGCCUCACUAGAACCAAACCGAGCUCCGCAAGACGAAUGACCUUUCUGGCACCUUAAAAGCCACCACAUCUUUCCACAACUUGCAGAUUCAACAUCUUUGCAACGUCGUGGCAGGGCAGGCGAACUUAACAUUACUCCACGUUUCUACUACUACAUCGACUUAACAACAUCAAGUCCUAAUAAGAGAGAAAGGACGAUAUGGCGCCUCGAGAUGGCCCUCGAACACUCGUCCCUAUCACUAUUACAUCGACCAAUGUCGACCAGGAGUGGAAAAUCUGGUGGCCCCUCAACAUCUCCCUCCAAGCCAUUAUCAACACCAUCGAAGAUCUUACCCACCACCAUGCACCAGACCACAGACUCGACUGGAACGGUCGUGAUUUGUUUUCCGAUCUUUCGAAACAGGCGAGAGAUGUAAGCUUGUGGCAUAUCGGAAUCCAAC